GCUCUGCCUGCGAAGGAAUAACUUUAUUUUAACCGCGACCCUUUCUCUCUUUUGUAUUUUCUUUUUGGGUUUUUUUUCCCCCUUCGCUCCCCGCAGCUCCUCUCGGCGGCGAGAGAGGAGCCGGGCAGCGCUCCCCGCCCGCGGGGCUGGGGAUGGCGAGCUCCGCCGUGCUGGGGCUGCUGCCCCCCCUGAGCUCCCCGCCCGGCCCCAACCUCAACAACAACAACAACAACAACAACCAGGGCGUGAGGAAGUGCGGGUACCUGCGCAAGCAGAAACACGGCCACAAGCGUUUCUUCGUGCUGCGGGGUCCAGGUAGCGGGGAGGAGGCGGGAGGUGCCCGGCUGGAGUAUUACGAGAGCGAGAAGAAAUGGAGAAACAAAUCCGGGGCUCCCAAGCGGGUGAUCGCUUUGGACUCCUGCCUCAACAUCAACAAGCGAGCGGAUGCCAAGCACAAGUACCUCAUCGCCCUCUAUACCAAGGACGAGUACUUCGCCGUGGCGGCUGAGAACGAGCAGGAGCAGGAGGGCUGGUACCGGGCUCUCACCGAUCUGCUCAACGAGGGCAAAGCUGCUUGCCAGGGGUCCCCCCAUCGCCACCUCGCCUCCCCCUUCUCCGCCUCUUGCAGCGCUGCCGCCGCCUCACUGGCCGCCGGCGAGGACCUCAACUACGGGCUCAUCACCCCGGCUGCCGCCGCCUACCGGGAGGUCUGGCAGGUGACGCUGAAACCCAAAGGUUUAGGGCAGAGUAAAAACCUCACCGGCGUCCACCGGCUCUGCCUCUCCGCCCGCACCAUCGGUUUCGUGCGCCUCAAUUGCGAACUGCCCUCGGUCACGCUGCAGCUCAUGAACAUUCGUCGCUGCGGACACUCCGACAGCUUCUUCUUCAUCGAAGUGGGGCGCUCGGCGGCCACCGGCCCCGGCGAGCUCUGGAUGCAAGCGGACGACUCGGUGGUAGCCCAGAACAUCCACGAGACCAUCCUGGAGGCUAUGAAAGCGCUGAAGGAGCUCUCCGAGUUCCGACCGCGCAGCAAGAGCCAGUCUUCCUCCUCCUCUUCCUCCGGCGGGGCCGCGGGGACCGGCAGCGGUGCCUCGGCCACCCACCCCAUCACCGUGCCCGGUCGCCGGCAUCAUCACCUGGUUAACCUCCCUCCCAGCCAGACCGGGCUCCUCCGCCGCUCCCGCACCGACAGCCUCGCCGCCGGGACCGGCACCAAGUGCACGCCGUGCCGGGUGCGAACGGCCAGCGAGGGCGACGGUUGCCGGGUGGGCUCGGUAGCGGGGAGCCCCGUGAGCCCCGGCCCCGUGCGGACCCCUCUGAGCCGCUCGCACACGCUGAGCAGCGGCGGGGGGAGACAGGCGGGGAAGCUGCUGCCGGUGCUGGCCGGGGGAGGCUUGCAGAACAGCCGUUCCAUGUCCAUGCCCACCUCCCACUCGCCCCCCUCCGCCACCAGCCCCAUCAGCCUCUCCUCCAGCAGCGGCCUCGGCUCGGAGCCGGUUCACCCGCAUCACUCUCAGCGCCCAUCCAGCGGGAGCGCCUCCGUUUCUGGCUCCCCGAGCGAUGCCGGCUUCAUGUCCUUUGACGAGUAUGGCUCCAGUCCAGGUGGUGACCUGCGACCUUUCUCUUCCUCUUCCACCGCCAGCAACCGCAGCAACACCCCAGAAUCGGUGGCUGAGACCCCACCGGUGCGGGAACCCGGUGGUGGCACUGACCUCUAUGGCUACAUGGCGAUGGAGAGACCUCCAAGCGGUCGCCUCUGCUACCGGCCGUGCCCUGACAGUGUGGGUGACAGGGGUCAUCGGAAGAGGACCUACUCCCUGACCACCCCGUGUCGACAGCGGUCAGCCCCACCACAGGUCUCUUCUGCCUCUCUCGAUGAGUACACACUGAUGCGUGCCACCUUCGCUGGCAGCGCCGGCCGCCUCUUUCCCUCCUGCCAAGCUGGGGCUUCCCCCAAAGUCACCUACACGCCAUACCCUGAGGACUAUGGAGACAUCGAGAUCGGUUCCCACCGCAGCUCCGGCAGCAGCAGCACCAACCUUGGACCGCCGACGGCAGCGGGAGGAGGUGGCGUGGGGGAAGAUGAUGAUGGCUACAUGCCCAUGACCCCUGGUGUUGCUGCAACCUUAGGGCAGGGAAGCCGGGGUGGUGAUGACUACAUGCCCAUGAGCCCCACCAGCGUGUCUGCUCCCAAGCAGAUCCUGCAGCCCCGGGUAGGGGUGGGUGAUGGGUCCCCUGGGAACGGGAGCAGCUACAAGACCAGCUCACCAGGGGAGAGCUCCCCAGAUGAUAGUGGGUACAUGCGGAUGUGGUGUGGCUCCAAGCUGUCCGUGGAGAGCUCAGAUGGGAGGCUGAGUAACGGUGACUAUAUCAAUAUGUCCCCUCGGGAUCCCCAUCAUGGAGCCCAGGCUCCCUCCCUCACCCCUCCAGACUUCUUUUUUGCCCCUUCGGGGCAUGGGUCCAGUGAGCCCCCCAAGCCUGGCUGCUAUUCGUACAGCUCCUUGCCCCGCUCCUACAAGAGCCAGGGACCGGCAAAGGAUAAUGACCAGUAUGUCUUCAUGAAUUCCCCCGGGAGGAUGAUCCUCGAGGAGACGGUGUGUGGAGCAGGCCAGUCCCCUGCCAGCACCUCUGCCCCCUCCAGCCAUAUGGUGCCUUCACCCCUGCGGCACAGCCGGACUGAGAGCUUCCUGAGCCAGCGGUGCCAGCGGGUGGCCCGGCCCAGCCGUCUUUCCUUGGAGACCUUGCGGACGAUGCUACCCAGCAUGAACGAGCACCCUCUGCCACCUGAACCCAAGAGCCCCGGUGAAUACAUCAACAUUGACUUUGGGGAUGCUGCUGUCUAUUCUCCCCCCUCGCUGCCAGCCGACAGCCCAGCCUCCUCCCUGGGCUCGGGCACAGGGCAGAGGCGCUCCCCUCUCUCUGACUACAUGAACAUUGACUUUGGGUCGCAGUCGCCCUCCCAGUCAGGCACAGUCUCAGUGGGCUCCCUGGAAGCGCUCUCGCCAGGCUCUUCCUCUGGCACCAGCCAGCCCGACGGGCGCUACCUGAAGGCGGUGGAGGUGGCUUGUUUAUCCAGCCCAUCUGAUGGUGGGGAUUACACUGAGAUGACCUUUGGGAUGGCUACCACGCCACCCCAACCCAUUGUUCAGAAGCCAGAAAGUGCCCGGGUCGCUAGCGCCACAGCUGGGGUGAAGAGGCUCACCCUCUCUGGGGUGGAAGCUUUUAUUCUCUCCAACCCUCCCCCUGACCCAAACCGAGGGGCCAAGGUCAUCCGGGCAGAUCCCCAGGGGCGCAGGAGGCACAGCUCAGAAACUUUCUCCUCCACUACCACUGUGACCCCCGUGUCCCCCUCCUUCGCACACAACCCCAAACGGCACAACUCAGCUUCGGUGGAGAACGUGUCCCUCAGGAAAAGCGAAGGCCUGGAGGAGGAGCAGGGUAGCAGCCCUAUGUGCCGGGAGACCUCGGCUGGCUUCCAGAAUGGCCUCAACUACAUCGCCAUCGACGUGAUGGACGGGACCCUGGCAAACUGUGACAAAGCCCGGUCGAAAGCCAGGCACGUCCUGAAUGGAGGCAUCAAUGGAGUGGAGAUGAGCGCCUAUGCCAGCAUAGACUUUCUGUCUCACAACCUGAAAGAAGCGAGUGCUGUGAAAGAGUGAAGGAGUUAGUUUUCUCACCAUGACCUCAGACAACAGAGUACAACAUUCAAAGAAGCUGCUCAGCAUAUACCCUUUUAUUUUGUUGUUGUUUUGGGAUUUUUUUGUUGGUAUUUUGGUUUUUUUGGUAACUGAAGCUGCUUAAGAUUUACUAUUUGUUGUUGUUAUUGUUGGUCCGGACAGUUAAGUGUUUUGGACUAAAGCAUGCAACAGAUCUGGGAGGAAGGGAAGCAACCUGCCUAACUCAUGGCAUCUACGGUAUCAUUUUGCUGCUGCUUUGUCAGAAGUUGGAGAUGCGUUUCAGAUCGUAGGAACUUUUCUGCUGGCCUCUUUAACUACCGGCCAAUGCCUUCAUUUCCUUUUUCUGUGAGGACAAACUCUAUUUAUUCUUUGGCAUCUUAGGGGAUUCUGUAACACCUGCUGGAGCAGUAAGAUCUGGUAUAAUUUCAAGCCUACCACAGUACUACCUCAGUUCAAAUUAAAGCCGGAUUUGGCGUGUUGGUGUACGACAGGACCUCCUUUUAUCUCUAUGCUGAGUCUCUCUCAAGAACGGUCAUCAGCCUUACUGAACUUGCAACGCUGCUGCUGGGUUGUGAAUCACUAACCACAGGGUUUACUUCUCAGACAAAGCCGAACCAGGGCACUGAAGAGUCUAAAAUGGGAUGAAACUCUGUGAAUCGGACUUGGACGGAGUAUUCGGAGUAGUUUAAAAACAAAAAAUAUAUAUAAAAAUGGGUAGCUGAAGCAACGUAAUUUAAAAAAUAUCAAACUGUAUUGGGGGUAUCUCUCUUUACCUUUGACACACUUGUUUAAUCCUCUCUAUGUAGGUGUUUAUGUAGGUACUUCAGAUUGCAAAAGCCUUUUCUCCUAUUUACAAGCUCACUUUUGUCAGCUAACCUUGUUCUUAGCUGCGUUUCUUGUAACCAAAAAUCCACGUAGGCAUGCUAGGAAUGCAGAGAUGAUAAUGGGUAUUGGGCAGAUUCAAGCGCUGAUAUUAUCACAGUAUUAUCUUGCCAUCUAGGAAGUCCUGAUAUUUGCCUUUUGCCAGGAAAGCACCGUUGCCGCUGCAGACAUUAUUACAGGGAAGAAGAACCAUUGCAGUCACUUAUCCUGAGUUCUUUUCAAGGCUACCUGUGUUACCGCAUUUCCCAUAGCCUGAAAAUCAGAGCGAUGCGGCAGCUACAGUCACAAAUGUCAUAGACAAUGUUGUCUGUUGCACCAGACUAGCAGAAUGUCACACCACCUUGUUUCUUCGUUGCUGAACUGGUUGAAAAGUUUAUAUACAUUUGAAGGGUACCUCCCCAGUGCCUGCUCUGAUAGACAUGUAAGUAUUACUAAAUUAUU